ACUCACCGAUCCGAGUUGUGAGGGAGAGGUGUCUGUUUUGGGGAAGCCGGCUUGUGUUGCCGGCGCCAUGGAGUCGCCUUUUAGUCCAGUUCUUCCUCAUGGACCAGAUGAAGACUGGGAGUCUACAUUGUUUGCUGAACUUGGCUACUUCACAGACACUGAUGAUGUGCAGCUUGAUGCAGCACAUGAGACCUAUGAAAAUAAUUUUGAUCAUCUUAAUUUUGAUUUGGAUUUGAUGCCUUGGGAGUCAGACAUAUGGAGUCCCAGCAGCCACUUCUGCGCAGACAUUAAGGCAGAGCCCCAGCCUCUUUCUCCGGCUUCCUCCAGUUGCUCCAUCUCAUCUCCUCGGUCCACAGACUCUUGUUCUUCAACUCAGCAUGUUCCUGAGGAGUUGGAUUUGUUGUCUAGUUCUCAGUCUCCCCUCUCCUUAUACGGCGACAGCUGUAAUAGCCCCUCCUCAGUAGAGCCACUGAAGGAAGAGAAGCCUGUCACUGGUCCUGGAAACAAAACGGAACAUGGAUUGACUCCGAAGAAAAAAAUUCAGAUGAGUUCAAAACCUUCAGUUCAGGCCAAGCCUUUAUUACUUCCAGCAGCACCCAAGACUCAAACAAAUGCCAGUGCUCCAGCAAAAACCAUCAUCAUUCAGACACUACCCGCCCUUAUGCCGCUGGCAAAGCAGCAAUCGAUUAUCAGCAUACAGCCUGCACCCACCAAAGGUCAGACUGUUUUGCUCUCUCAGCCUACUGUGGUUCAACUUCAGACCCCUGGAGUUCUGCCGUCUGCUCAGCCAGUUCUUGCUGUCACUGGAGGAGCCACACAGCUACCUAACCAUGUGGUGAAUGUGGUGCCAGCCCCUGUGGUGAACAGCCCAGUGAAUGGAAAACUUUCCGUGACUAAACCUGUUCUACAGAGUGCCACCAGAAGUAUGGGUUCAGAUAUUGCUGUGCUGAGGAGACAGCAGCGUAUGAUAAAGAACCGAGAGUCUGCUUGUCAGUCACGCAAGAAGAAGAAAGAGUACAUGCUAGGACUGGAGGCCAGGUUGAAGGCUGCCCUCUCAGAGAAUGAGCAGCUGAAGAAGGAGAAUGGCUCCCUGAAGCGGCAGCUGGAUGAGGUGGUAUCAGAGAACCAGAGGCUCAAAGUCCCAAGUCCAAAGCGAAGAGCUGUCUGUGUAAUGAUGGUAUUAGCAUUUAUAAUGCUGAACUAUGGGCCCAUGAGCAUGCUGGAGCAAGAUUCCAGGAGAGUGAAACCCAGUGUGAGCCCUGCCAAUCAAAGGAGGCAUCUCUUAGAAUUUUCACAGAAAGAAGUUAAAGACAUAUCCGAUGGUGUCAACCAGAAAAACAGUUACAGAUAUGAUCAUUCUGUGUCCGAUGACAAAGCCUUGAUGGUGCUAAGUGAAGAGCCCUUACUGUAUAUCCCUCCACCUCCAUGUCAGCCCCUGGUUAACACGACAGAGGCUCUCAGGUUGAACCAUGAACUUCGAGGCUGGGUUCAUAGACAUGAAGUGGAAAGGACCAAAUCUAGAAGAAUGACAAAUAGCCAACAGAAAACCCGCAUUCUCCAGGGUGCUCUGGAACAAGGCUCAAAUUCUCAGCUGAUGGCUGUCCAGUACACAGAAACCACUAGCAUCAGUAGGAAUUCUGGGAGUGAGCUGCAAGUGUAUUACGCUUCACCUGGAAGUUACCAAGGCUUCUUUGAAGCCAUCCGCAGGAGGGGAGAUACGUUUUACGUCGUAUCAUUUCGAAGGGAUCACCUGCUAUUACCAGCUACCACCCAUAACAAGACCACAAGACCAAAAAUGUCAAUUGUAUUACCAGCAAUAAACAUAAAUGAUAACGUGAUCAAUGGGCAGGAUUAUGAAGUCAUGAUGCAGAUUGACUGUCAGGUGAUGGACACCAGGAUCCUCCACAUCAAAAGCUCCUCAGUUCCCCCUUAUCUCCGAGAUCAUCAGAGGAACCAAACCAGCACCUUCUUUGGUUCCCCUCCAACGGCCACAGAGACGACCCAUGUGGUCAGCACCAUCCCUGAGUCCUUACAGUAGUGCCCUGAGCUGCUCUGGAAAGCAGAGAGUGGGCCUCCCCAAACUGAAGAGGUGGUGAGGAUGCUGCUCUCUUCCCUCCUCGGCAAGCAGAGGACUGCCUCGUACUGCAGCUCCAGAGGAAGAGAAGGAGAACAAGAAGCCGCUCUGCUUUUCACAGCCUAUCCAGUGGUGUGGAACGUGCUAGAGAGCAGAUCUCUGGUGGCAGUGCAGCCCUGUGGGCAGUGUCGCCUGCUGUUGGCUCUGCUGUGCGUCUUCAGUACUUUUCCCAUUGUGUGUUCUGUUCUCAGUCAUCUUCCUUCAGGUCAGAUUCACUUCCACUUCUGUCCACUGCACUUCCUGGCACAGUAAAGAGAUUUGUAUUUAAAGCUUAAAAACACGUGUUCAUGUUGUUUCCACCAAUUGGCUUUCUCUCUCCUUUGAUUCAAAUCCAUUCUGAAUAUUAUACUUGAGAAAACACAUUUCAGAAAACUGAGCAGCCAAAAUCAUCCCACCAAGAGUCAGAGCAGCUCUGAGUUCGGAUUGUCUCAGUUGGUCGAGUUUAUUUUUACUUGUGAUUUGUGGUUCAGCCUGGACAAAUAACUGUUGUGGGGUCAGAGAGUCAGCCACACACUGGAGACAAGGGCAGGGAAGGCCAGUGCUGGAAUGUAAGAGAAGGUCACUCCAUUUUCAUAUGUAUUUAAACACAGAGUUCAUAUGGCCUCUGUAAACUCAGAGCCACGGCCACCCUUCACUCUUGGAACUCAGCCAAUCAGCAAAGAGCUUUAAAGACUUGAGGGCAAAUGCCUCCCUCUCACUGUGAGCCCUCAGCCCAGGACACACUUCUGUGACCCAGACUCAGCAAGGAACUCGGAGGUGACCAGGUUUAAACAAGACUAGAGAGUUUCCCAUAAGAACUGCCAGUGCACAGAACAAGCGUGGAGUCUCAGGCUGCAGCACAGUUUGGUGAAAUUCUCACUUUCUCCAGUGGAAUUAAGUUGUUGCUAUGGCUGUGAACAUGCCUUUAACCCUAGCACCAUUUGGAAGGAAAGGCAGGCUUUGUUUGAUAUCAGCCUGGUCUACAUAGCAAGUUCUAGGACAGGACAGCUAAAGCUGUAUAGAGAAGCCACUUCAAAAACAACAACAACAAAAAAGAGUGAAUGAAUGAAUGAAUAAAUAAAUAAAUACAAAAAGCUAAAAUUAUGUUCACAUAUAUUUUAUUGUAUUUUGCCUGCUUCCUUCACCAUAGCAAUCAGCUAAAUUUAUAUUGCACUGUACGUUGUACAUUACAGAUUCACAGGAAUGGGUGUCAGGACCCCUGUUGUUCCUCAUGUGCUGCCUGCCUCCCUUCAUAGAAUUUCAGGUUUUUAUGGACUCUUCCCAGCUGGCUGCCAUUGUCAGGUGAUUGCCAUUCCAGUGCACACAAAGGUGGCUAAGUUCUCUUCUCCUUACAAGGGAAAAGAAGGCCAGCCCUCUGGUGUUCCAUGUAGUCAGGUCAUCUUGUGCCUGUGACCAAUUAUGCCUGGCACUGUCCCACCAGCAACUGUUCCCUGGACAGUACUGCUGCCUUCCAAGCUGGUUAGACACUUCCAGGGCAGGGCUGUUCUUGCUAAAUUCAGUGCCACAGUCUAUCCUGAUUGGCUUUUGGGUGAUUUUCAGACAAGACCUGUUUUCCCUGGGGACCAGUCCUCUAAUGGGUGCCUAGGAGAGAAUAACAAAUGCAUGGGAUACCUGUAGGAGUAGCCAUUUGUUGGGGAGGUGGGCUACCCUGUGGCCCUGUCCUUCCUGCCUGUGAAGCAGCAGCAUGCUCACUCAUCCCUGAUGCCCAUCAGCUGAGAGGCAGGAACAGUGUCUGCAGUGACUCCGGUGUACCAAUGCCUCAGACCAAAGACCUCAAGAGUGUCACGUUUGCUAAGGCUGACGCCACUCCUACAGGUAACAGAUGAUGUCUGGAAGGCACAGCCAAAGAGCAGACAGAAGUUAAGGUGACCACACAGCACAGGUCAGGGAGCCAAGGAGCUACAAAGGACUGUUGAAAACUAGUCUGGAGGCUUGCCUUCUUUGCCCUCGCUGGCCCAUCAGUUCCCAUCAUUACCAGUAUGAAGUCCAUCUUAUGAGAUGAGGCAUGGGGUCCUCCUCAGGGUAGAGAUUCGGAAACCAGGGAAAGGCAAUUGACAGAUACAAAGAAGUAGCCUGCUGCUUAAAUUGCUGAAAGAGUUCUAAUCCCAGGGCACAGUAGUUUGAUCUUAAUGUUUGUGUGCUAGCACAGGCCCGUUGGAAAGGGAAAGCUGCUGUUCUGGGAGCAAAUUAAGCAGCAAUUCAGAUCUCAUUUUUUUAUUUUGGUGAGAUUGCCUGUGGGUAUUUAUAGCCUGGAAAUGUAGGAGCUAUGUGUGUGCAUAAUACAUAAAUAUUUUUUAAUUUAUUACAUUUUAAAAUGUGUUUUUUUCAAGAUGACAAAAAAAAAUUAAAUAAAUCUGAGCUAG